CACACUGCACAGCCAGAUUCCUGAGAGUAGCCCCCGAAUCAAACUGAUCCUUUAAAUUCGUUUACUUUUCACUGAUUGUCUCAGAAUUUUGUGUUUGAUGAUGAGUUCACCAGAUGAAGCAGUUUUGUUUCAUGGAGGAUGUCACUGUGGCAAAGUACGUUAUCAAGUGUCAACUGCACCUGUUGUUGAUGUCUAUAACUGCAGUUGUAGCAUCUGCAGAAAAAAACAGAACCAGCAUUUUAUUGUUCCAGAUGCUUCAUUUAAACUCCUUCAGGGUGAAGACAACCUGACUUGCUACACGUUUAACCAGCACAUAGCAAAACAUUUGUUUUGCAAAACAUGUGGUGUCCAAAGUUUUUACAAACCUCGGUCGAACCCAAACGGCUACGGAAUAAUGCCACAUUGUAUUGAUGAAGAUGGCCCUGUCUUGAAGACAAAUGUGAAAUAUUUUGACGGAAAAAAUUGGGAAGAGGCAAUCGUUGACAACAAUGAAAUACUUUCCAAGUCAGAACCGACGUCGAUCAACGACUAACUUGACUCAAACUAAUUUACGUAAACGAUCAAUUUAACCCUCAAAGAUAAAAGGGUAUUAACAACCCCCCCUUGCCAUUGGGGUCGGAAACUGCAAAAGUCAUUUGAAGAGAACCGUCAUUUAGUUGUACGUCAAAAAGCAAUGUUUAGAGAAUGGGCUGUUUUAAGAAACUUCUCGUCUUCUCGAUCCAUUCGCAAGUCGAUACAUCAAUAAUUAUCCACCCACCGCAUGCAUAGGGAACAUGACGAACAAAGCUUUGGUAUGACAAAGAGUAAGCAAUAGAUGCAAAGUUACAACUACGUGGCGUUUACUAAUUAAAUAUGCGGGGUUUUUGUAGCCGCUUUUUUAGUGCGCAUUAGCUAAAAGUGACCAACGCGAAUUUUCAUGUACCUAUUGUACCGAACCGAACGCAAAUGAACUUAAAAGGAGACUUCAGCUCAUUACAUUCGCGCAUGAAAAGUUGGACAAUAUGAAAUAGGCCAAAUAUGAUAUUUCUCAAGGCGAUUUUCCGUAAUACCAUGCAGCGCAAAAUCGGUGAACAUUUCACAAUUUUCAAACGCUUCGGACGAUGGUAAAUAGCCGUCGAGUUUAUCACCUAUUAUUUCUUGAAUAAUGUAA